AUGUCUGAACAAGCGAUUUCGACGACCCCGGCUCCGGAUGGACGACCGGAUUCUCAGUCGGACAUUCACAACGAUCCGAUAGAAUCGAAUCAACAGCAAGUGACAUCGACGGGCACCGUAUCAGUCGUGUUGGCGCAUGAUGACCCCUCAGCAACAUACGAAGAUCCACAUCAGGGCGACCAGUUGGGUGAAAUGAAGGAGAAUCCCCAAGAUGGAUCUCGAGUUUCCGCGUUCGACACGCCGAACAUGACGCCGGAGAAAUUCGCGACAGAAUCCUCGAAAUCUACAUCUGAACCCCAGAGGUCGUUGUCUGCACGCAUGGAAGGGUUGUCGGUCUCGACGAAUACGACAGAAAUAGGCUCGUUAGUAGACAGCGACGUGCCCCCGCCUCUCCCAGAAAAAGAUGAAUCAUAUCUUAGCACGAAAUCCCAGCUUGCACCGCCCCUGCAGACGUCCGUGAAUGCAACUUCUGAAUUGACCGAGAAAGAGCUACCGGAUGUACCGGGUGACGGAGAAAAGGAAGAUAAACAAGACGCUGGCGUGGAAGGUGCUCGAGACGAUGACUCUCAGUCAGAGAUUCAGAGCAUCAUGGGUCAGUUUCAGGACCCUGAGCGCAGGGCUAGCCAGGAGCAGUUAAUGUCUCCUCGUUUGGAGCUGGCUGAGCAAUUUCUUGGAGGUCAGGGCCAUUUUCCGCCGCGUCAUUCGAGUCUUUCAAAACCAGUAGAGGGGGGCCCUCAAGCUUCACAACUGAAUACAGGGGCACCACCCUCGGCUGUCGAGAAGCCACCUGCUCCUAUUUCGAAGAGCGCGCAUAGAGCUCCCGAAGAUCAAACACUGACUCGACGAUCCUCUACGUCGACGGUUCCUCCACCUCCGCCGGAGCCUGAGCCCGAUCAACCGUUCGAUUUUCAUCGUUUUCUGGAACAGCUCAGGCACCGCACUGCAGAUCCUGUGGCCAAGUUUCUCCGCUCAUUUCUUAAUGAGUUUGGCAAAAGACAGUGGAUGGUACAUGAGCAAGUGAAGAUCAUUAGCGACUUCUUGACCUUCAUUACCAAUAAGAUGGCCAUGUGCGAGGUUUGGCGGGAUGUUUCCGACAGCGAAUUCGAUAACGCGAAAGAGGGUAUGGAGAAGCUGGUCAUGAAUCGAUUGUAUUCUCAGACCUUCUCACCCGCUAUACCGGCUCCUCCCUCAAUCCCGAGGAGCGCAAGCAGAAGCAGACGAAGAGAAAUGGAACGACUUCAUGGGCCAUGGAGGCGUGGUCAGCACCAGGAAGAUGUCGAACGCGAUGAUGUAUUGGCGCAGAAGAUGCGGAUUUACAGUUGGGUAAAAGAGCAGCAUCUUGACAUACCGCCUGUGGGCGCUCACGGCCGUCGGUUUUUGAACCUGGCACAGCAGGAGCUUCUGAAGAUCAAUGGCUACCGUGCACCCCGUGAUAAAGUGAUUUGUAUACUGAAUUGUUGCAAAGUUAUCUUCGGCCUGCUGAAAAAUUCAAAACAAGCCGACACAUCAGCAGAUUCAUUUGUACCACUUCUCAUCUACGUCGUGCUACAAGCUCGCCCCGAGCAUCUGGUUUCCAAUAUCCAGUACAUUCUUCGCUUCCGAAAUCAAGAUAAGUUAGGAGGAGAGGCGGGGUACUAUCUAUCUUCCCUGUCAGGUGCUAUCCAAUUUAUUGAGACCUUGGAUCGGACAAGCCUGACAGUGAGUGAUGAGGAUUUUGAGCGUAACGUCGAGGCCGCCGUGUCUGCUAUUGCCGAGCAGAACCGCGAGUCCGAGUCUUUCGAACCAAAAAGAGCAGUACGCCCUACGGCAGAAAGCUCUCAAGCUCCAUCGCGGGUUUCAACCGACACACAAAGACCAGCGGCGCGGAGAGAGGCGCCGCAAACGAGUGACGAGGAGAGUGCACCAGUAGCAGGACUAUUGCGGACUAUUCAAAAACCAUUAUCAACAAUCGGAAGGAUCUUUUCGGACGAGCCAGAUUCGCCGAACGAGCGGCCAACGCAGCCUGCCGGCACCCCACAGCCGGGCGCACCACCGCGACUUUCCCCUAACGUAUAUCAGCCGCCCCGUAGCAGUAGUGAGGGACCCCGUAAUGCAGCACAGCCGCAGUUGGCCAGGGUACUGGAUGCACAAGAUGCUGCUGCACGUCAAGCUAGCGCCGAGGAUGCGGAGGCGCGAAGAAUUCAGCGGGCUGAACACAAUAACGUGGUGGAGACACUGUCGAACAUGUUUCCGAAUCUUGAUCGCGACGUCAUUGACGACGUCGUCAAGAUGAAAGAAGGAAGAGUUGGUCUGGCGGUCGAUGCAUGCCUCGCUCUGAGUGCGGAGUAG